CAGGGAAACGCGCGCCACUUGCUGCUUUCCUAGCCUGUCUCCCCACCCCGCCGAAACACGGGCUAGCAACUCAGCUCACGAGAGGGAAGACUAAAGCAGUAAGAGUAAGGGCUUAUAGUUCAUACAAAGUUAUAGAAAUCACGAGAAGUAUUAAACACAUCCCAAGGGACUGCCAGACAAGUGGUGACAGAGGGAAGAUACCUGGAACAUGUGGCAGCUUUCAGAUUGCUGAUGUCUUCUAAUAGCUGCGGUGCCUCAGAAAGCAGUCAGUAUGCCAAAGGUGAGGCAUUUUGCAGCCAUGGAGGACUCCUACACUGAGGACUUGAAACAUACUCAUGUCAAGAGGAAAGCUGUGAAGGAAGAGUCAACAGAAGAAUUACCAUCAAAAGUUCCCCGAAAUAAACUUAGGGUAUGUGACAACACAUUAGAUGAACUUCCUUACCAUGGAAGAUUCAUGAAGAUUGAUGAGAUAUUUGAUUAUCUGAAAGGUUCCAAAUAUGUUCUUGAGUCUAUACCACCUGGUGAAAAAAACAAUGUAUUCUUUGUUGUUGAAGACUCAAAAAAUGCUCUGAGGAGAGAGAAAAAUUUGCCAGUUGUAUAUGAUGAUGGCUGUGAAGUAUUAAGUAAUAAAGGUAACAAUGGUACUGCCUUUGUUCAGUAUAUUGAGGGAAAAUUCAAAUUUUUGAGGAUUAAAAAGAAAAUUUUCUAUGUCGGUACAUAUGAGCAGAAUAAGACUACUUGGAAGCCUCUAAAACCACAGCCAGACCCAGAAAGUAUAGUCAGAGUGUGUCGCUACUACUCAAUAUUAAGAGGUAACAUCAAGAGGCGUGUCACUUCUGUGUCAGGAAAAGAUUUUAAGGACAGAGCAUUAUUUGAGUACCUUUGUAUGGAUUCUGGUAAUAACACCAGUGAAUUUACUUACAAAUCAGUAGAACCCAAGUCCCAAAAUAAAGCACAGAAGAAUAAGCCUUUGAUUUCUGAAGAGCUUACUGAGCAAGAGAAUAGUGACAGUGAAGAGGAUGUUGAACAAGAGACCCCAAGAAACCUGAAAGAAAUUCCUAACACAAAAAAAAAGGUGCAAAGAAACAUGUUAUCCAAAGUCCAUGAUGAAGACCUUGUAAUGUUAGCUAUGCUGGAAGAAAACCCAUUUGUGCAGGCCGUUAUCAGUAGAAAAGAUAAAUCCCCAUGUGUAAUCUUAUACAAUGACAAGCAGUUUAGUGAGAUGAAAAGGAACCUGCAGUUUGGAAGUGUUUUGGGAAUAGAUUGCACUUAUAUGUUUGAUGAUUGUUUUGUCACCAUGACUGUUUAUCAGAAUUCGAGAGCACUUCACAAAGAAACUGAUGAGCCGCUUCUGUAUCUUGGGCCUGUGUUUCUCCACUCAGAUCAGGACUUUUUGACCUAUGUAUUUUUCUUUUCUCACAUUAUGGGCAAGUUAGAAGAUACUGAGCUGAAUUUUGAGGUAAAAUUAGGGGAGGAUGUGGAGUUGUCUUUGUUUAAAGCAUUGAAGCAUUCUUUUCCAGCAUCAGUGCAAAUGGUAAACACUCAUCAUCUGAAGGAUCUUGUAAGUGAGCAUCUCAGUACCAUUAACAUGAAGUUAAAAACACAUUCAGCAAUUGUAGACAAAAUAUUUGGUUCUAAAGGCAUAAUCAGUAGCCCUAGUUCCCCUGUGUUUCAGAAAAGGAUGAUGGAGUUGCAAGGCUAUGUUAAGGAAUAUCCUACCCUUAGAACGUACUUUGAUAAGCUGCAGCUAUUCUUGUAUCCAUAUAUUUGUGAGCCACUGCAGAGAGGAAUCUCCCAGCAGUUGUGGCUAAAUGACAAUGAUGAGGUUCUGGAUAAGUUGCUGCAUGCAUUUCUUAAAGAUAAACCAAGCAAAAUGUCUGAUAUUGUGGAGAAGAUAUGUACAGUCACCAGACUACAAAUGGUCAAGUUAGAGGAUGUAUGGUAGUCAUACAAAAAGUAGAGUGGUUGUAGGAGAUAUGUAGAUUGCAUUCUAUAUGUUUACUGUACCUUAAUAGAAAUAGCUUGAAUGCAACUAUAUACCUGCUAUAAUGUGUAUAUAGUUGCAUCAUAGUAUACGGUAUCAAGAAACAAAUAUUAUGAGAACUGCAUUUUUAAGUGAAUAUAAAAUUAAGGAGUAUUUUGUAAAGUAGUAUUCUAUCAGCUCCUGCAACCAAAAAUGUACAAGAUAAUUUUUAACUUUUUGAAUAAAUUGAAUAAAACAUU